AUGUGAAGUUAAUGCAGAAAAUAUCCCUAAAUUCAGUCUAAAUUAUCGAUAUAUAGAUAUAUAAGGGUACAUGUAGCAGAUAUUGCUUAUUUGCUACCCUCCUCUUGCCUCUACUGUUAGUCUUAUAAAUAGAGCUGGUCACAUGACUGUUGCGUCAUUUUGCCAAGUGUGGUUUCAGCGUUACCUACAUCUCUGUCGCUGCUGACCACUCGUCCGAAUCAUGAGGAUAUGGACAUCGGAACACACUUUCCAACACCCUUGGGAAACUGUAGUGAAUGCUGCAUGGCAAAAAUACCCUAACCCUAUUACACAGAGUGUUGUAGGUGUUGAUAUUGUUGAUCGGUAUGUUGAUAGAAAUGGUGUCUUGAAAACUCAUCGACUUCUUAGUACUUCCUGGGGUUUACAGCCUUGGGUAACUAGAAUUGUUGGCAUUGACCGAACAUGUUUUGCUAGUGAAAUUUCAGAAGUUGACCCACGCUCUAAACGAAUGACCUUACAAACACGAAAUUUAACAUUCUGUAAUAUUGUAUCUAUUGAUGAAAACUUAACAUAUUGUCCUGAUCCCAAAGAUAAAUCUAGUACACUCCUUAAACAAGAAGCCAUUGUCAAUGUGAAAGGCAUCCCAUUAUCAAGUUAUUUAGAAGGAAUUUUAACUGAUACAAUAUCAAAUAAUGCUGGCAAGGGUCGACAAGCAAUGGAAUGGGUGAUUGGUAAACUGAAAGGAGAAGCUAAGGAUUUAACCGAAGAGGCUAAAAAAUGUAUGGAUUCUGUAUUACCAACAAACCAUUCUACAGCAACAUCAUUAUGACGAAGACUAAACUUAGGUUAUUAUAUCAAUGCCUGCCUGCCUACCUCCUUUUAGAAGAUACUGUACCCUGUUUGUUUACACAGUGUAGAUGGACAGCCAGUUUCAAACUGUAGCACUCUUCUUGUGAGAAGUUGGUAGCUAGCAAAACAAACAAUUACAACCAUAGUAAGAAGCCCCAUGAACAACAUAACUUUUUUCUUACUAUAUAAAAGCCAAAAAAAAAAAACCAAAAAUUAAAAAUUGAGAAAAAAAUAGUAAACUCAGAAACUUUGUUUUGUUUUUCAAUCUCAUUGAAUUUAAGGUUGGAUGAAGUCUUAUGAAAAAUGUUAGACUGAACACUUAAAGUAUUUAAUUCUCUCAUUCUCCAGUUUUAAUGACAUCUUACUACUUUGUCUUGCAUCUUUGUGGGCUUAGUUGAAUAGGUACUAGUCAUGUAAUGAGUUACAUAUUUGUAGUAUAGUGCCAGUGUGGAAAGUCAAUAUUCUUGAAUUUUACACCUUUAUUGACUUAACAUUUGGCAAAUAUAAACUGCAGAGUUUUACUUGUGUCUCUAAAAGAAACAUAUUCACAAGAAAAUGUUAUAAGAUGUUCAUGUUUCAGUUGACAUUUUAAGUUUUAAUUUGAUGAAAACAUUGGUCAAGUUACAGUUUUCAUUCAGUUAUUACAGUCUAGGUACCUUCACUCCAGUUCCAAAAAAGAUCAGGAUUGAAAUUGUAUACUUCAUGAAUAACAACUUAAAUAUGAGUCAGGACUGUAAACAUCUCAUAACGAUCUAUGAAGUUUUCUAAGAUAUAUUUAUAAUGAUAAAACAGUCAAAUCAGUCUUUACAGGUAAUUCCAACACAGCAUAUGUUAAGCUUUCUAAGACCCCUACAUUAUAUAUUUGUUGUUUUGAGGGCUCUCAGUGAUUUCUUCUAUGGUUUUCAUCACUAUCACCUUUUAAAACAUAAGACAUAUAUGAUUUAUGCUACAGCACUGCUCAGAUAUCUGAAACCAUGCAUACCACACAAGAUGGGCAUUUUUGCAUUACAUUAAAGCACAAACCUAAAGUGUGUUCAGUCAGUAAGCUUUCACCUGCCUUCACUCUCCAAUUACUUUUCAAAACUGCCCUUUUCGCUACAAACUCUGCUUCUCCGAUAUUUCUGACUGCAUACCUUUUUAAACUAAACACACUGAGGCACCUAUUGCUCAUCUAAUUCACACUCUGAUUCCAUAGUAAGCAUUUAUUUAACCUCUCCUUUAUAAAAUUACAUCUUCCUAGAAUUCUGUUCAUACCAUAUUUUUCUGUGAACCUUUUAUCUGCAAAGAUUCUCACUGAAAAGUUGUAUUUGCCCCGUGUUCUAGAGAGAAAAAUUCUGUAGGUAUUUACAGUUACAAGUCAUCUAGAACAUGGAUUCUGAAAAGUUAGUGGCAAAGCUUAUUCUAGGAACCUAUAUUUCUGAAUUGAGCUCAAUUCAUUUUGAUUCUAUGAAAUGUUAUUGUAUUUAUUUUUAAAAAAAGCAAAAAUCUCUUUUGAGACUGGUGUAAUUUAGAAGUUGACUUUUAUAACCACAUGGUUUCAUGUUUGAUCUGACUGCAUGGAUUCGUAGGUAAGUUUUUUUCAUAAUAGUCUUGGGAUUUCAGUGAGGAAUUUGGUAAAUGGAAACCAUCAUAAGCAUCAAUGAGUAACUAGUAAUUAUAAACAGAAAUAUGUCCUAUUUAUUUGCUCAAUUUACAAGAUACUCCUUAUCAAUUUUAUCAUCAUAAAUACACUGAACCAUUUGAAACCUGUAAUCAUCAAUACUAUUGUUCUGUUGUUCACAAAAGUGGAUUAUAAAAUAAAAAUUUUUAAAUGGAAACCUAGUUGCAAUGAUGAUUCAUGCAUUUUCCUGGAUUGGCCAACAAGUCCAUUUGGUUUUCAAACACUAAGUAGCUAACUUCAGUCUGUUCUUUGCACAUAUGCACUCAUUAGAUACUUGACUCUUCAAUAUAGUUCGAUGCAAACUUGCAGCGAAACAGGUUGUAUUUUGUGUACUUGGAAUCAUUCUGAAAAUGCAGAUGCAAAACAAACAUUAUCAACACUUCAGGCUAUUUUUAUUUUUAAAAAAAGACAAAGUGCCAGAAAUCAACAGGAAGAUAUGUGCUGUGUACAGAGAGGAUGUUGCAGAGCAUGUGUACUAGAAGUGAUUUUUGAGAUUUCGAUUAGGAAAUUUUUCAGUUCAAGAUGCAUCUCAGUCUGGCUGGCCAACUGACAUUAACAGCAUCAAAAUGAAGGCGUUAGCUGACACCAUCCACUCUUAUAUGACCAGGGUGAUCACAAAUAUUCUCCAUAUAACCAAACUGAGUAUUGAAAACCAUCUGCAUCAAGUUGGCUCAUCAGGCUCGAUGUUUGAGUCCUACAGCAAUUGAAUGAAGCUAGCCUUAUCCAACAAAUUUCAACUGUGAUUUGUUGCAGAAACGUGAAGUAAAUGAUCCUUUUUUGAAGAGAAAGGUGACAGGGGAUGAAAAAUGGUUUACCUACAACUAGUGCAAACAAUCAGGUGAAGUGCAACAAUCAGGGAAAGCACAGCGAACUACCAUAACCAACCUCCAUAGUAGGACUUCACCCAAAGAAGGUUAUGCUUUCAAUUUGGUGGGAUUGGAAGGGUGUUGUCUUUUACGAGCUUCUCAAUGGCAGGACAUCAGUUUUGAUGUUUAUUGUGACCUACUGAUCAAAUUACACACAGCAAUCCACCAGAAUCAUCCAGCACUUACUAAUCAUAAGGGCAUUGUCUUUCAUCUUGCCAAUGCCAGACUGCACACUUCUUUGCAGACACAGCAGAAGUUACUGGAGCUCAGCUGGGAAGUUUUGCUGCACCCUCCAUAAUCACCCAACCUUGCACCUUCAGAUUUCAAAUUUUCGGUCUCUUCAAAAUUCAUUGAAUGGGCAGACCUUCAAUUCUGAAGAGGAUGUAAAAAUUUGCCUGGAAGAGU